GUCCCUUGCGUUGCUAAACGGAACUUGGUGUCAAAGACAGAAAUGUUAAGCGACACGAAGAUGUCAGAAUUAUUCGGAGAACAACAAACUUUGCACAAACUCCAAUUCUAGCACGAGAUCAUGGCUCUGUCCAAGACACGUAACGUUGUAAAGAAGUUGUUUAGUAAAUAUUUAUUGUUGACUAAUACGGUCACAUGCGGUGGUUUGUUGGCUGUUGGUGAUGCUUUCACUCAGAAAAUCGAACAUUUGGGACACGAUUCUUCAACUUUUAAAUAUGAUUGGCCUCGGACAGGUCGAAUGUUCACCGUUGGCCUGUUUAUGGGUCCAGCCACACAUUUUUGGUAUACGUUCCUUGAUAAAAUGUUAGUCGGAACUGCAGGAAUAACGGUCUUGAAGAAGAUUUGUUGUGACCAGGCAGUGGCAGCGCCGUAUUUCUGUACAACAUUCUUAGUGGGUAUGUCAUUACUGGAAGGAAAAGGUUGGAAAGUUGCUGUCGGAGAACUGAAGGAAAAAUUCCUCACCAUUUAUAUGAUGGAUUGGUUAAUUUGGCCCCCGUCCCAAUUCAUCAACUUCUACUUCCUGCCCACCAGGUUCCGUGUUGUUUAUGUCUGUUUUAUUACACUCAUAUGGGAUGCCCUUUUGUCGUACAUUAAACAUAAGGACAAAUCAUAUCAAAAACAGGAUGCCUUGAAGGAGCAGGAUGCGAUGAAAAUGUCUUGAAGUCUGGUACAAGUUUUAUAACAAGAAAAUAUAUAAUUCUGUAGGGGGUGGGGGUUACUUCUGCCUCAAACUCAGUUUCAAACCUGUAAUACUCAUAUUUUAUUAAAACAUCUUUUAAAUGGUU